AUGGGACGUCAUAGGCUGACCUUCUUCUUCUUCUUCUUCUUCUUCUUCUUCUUCUUCUUCUUCUUCUUCUUCUUCUUCUUCUUCUUCUUCUUCUUCCUCCCACUCCUCCUCCUCUUCCUUCUCCAUCUCCACAACCUCCUCCUCCACAUCUUCCUCCUCCACCUCCUCUUCCUCCUCCACCUCUUCUUUCACGCCCUCCUCCCCUUCCUCCUCCUCCUCCUCCCCCUCCUCUUCCUCUCCUGUAGGUACUCAUUCCAGGACGAGGAGGACAUGUUCAUGGUAGUGGAUCUGUUGCUGGGAGGAGACCUGCGCUACCACCUCCAGCAGAACGUUCACUUCUCAGAGAGCACCGUCAAGCUGUACGUCUGUGAGAUCGCCUUGGCGCUGGGCUACCUCCGCAGCAAACGCAUCAUCCACAGGUGAGUGGGAGAGACACCUUUGUCAUCUUCAUUAUCCUCAGCAACGUCAUCGUCAUCCACAGAGAAGUAAUUUUUUACAACCAAAUCUUUUUUUUUUUUUUUUUUUUUACAACCAAAUCUCUAUGUAAAUGGAAUGUUAUAGAAGGGUCCAGGCACAUUUUAUGUGAUUUCACAGGUUUUUGAGAAACAUAGCCCAAACAGCAAAUCAUCCUCGAUGUGUAGUAUGAGUGCCCAGAAAAACAUGAACAUCGGCUCCAAAAACACCCAUACACGAUAUUUUUGAAAUGGCAAAGCUCUCAGUAUAGUGAUGCAGGUCUUUAGAUGUUGUACACAUUACAUUUGUAACUUUAUCCACAAUGUUAUAUUAGCUUUUGCACGACUCAAGACGUGACGUUUCCCCUAUCCAGCUGUUUGAUUCUCUGUGUAGCCUGCUGCUACAGGUAAAUGCUGUCGUAGUGCAUGUGGGAUCAAAUCAUAUCAAAAAGGGUAAAUCAGAGCUAAUGAAACAGGAUUUUAUUAAGCUGAUCAACACCCUGAUAUUAAGCUGAUCAACACCCUGAUAGGCUCUGAAAAGCAGCCGAUUACCUCUGGCCCCGUUCCGUCGCUGGGUCGCGGCUGCGAAAAGUUCAGCAGGCUCUUAGCACUUCAUAUCUGGCUUAAAGACUGCUGCCACUCUGUUGGCAUAACUUUUAUUGACUGUUUCAACACUUUUUGGAAACAAAAUAUGCUCUACAGAGAUGAUGGACUCCACCUAAACAAUCUAGGAGCCUGGACCCUCUCGUCACAUUUCAAGGCUGCUUUAAGAUAUUGACUCAGAGACAGUCCAAGCACAGCUCAGGUAAUACCCCCCAUCCUUUCUAAGCAUUAUCGUCGUACUGUUGUCUAUACUGCCAGGGUUGUUGUCAGUUAUUAUCUUGUACCCAUUCGAUUGAACUCCACUCUUAGAUCUGCUAUUGUUAGCUCAAAAGAGAAGCCCACUGUGGUCUACACAUCCAGUGUUAUUAUUUCAAAUGUGAAAUAUAAUACCCACUUGGUUUUCAAAUCACAUAGAGGGCUUGGGUUGAUGCAAAAUAGCAACCAAAGCCCAUGUAAGGAAGUUAAUAACAUUCCAUCAUUGGUUACUCUGAGAGUUCCUCGUAUUGACAUUGGCUGCGGCCUCUUUCCUCUAUUACUAAUAGAGAUAGACCAAAUGGGGCAGUUCUAUGCAAUCUUAUAGCCAUAUCAACUAUAUCAAUAUCAACCAUCAGAAUGGGCCUGCAACCGCCUAUUGAACAUAGCUUGUUUGAGUUGGAGACUCCAUGUGAUUUUAAAAAUCAUAAAGGACUUGGGUUGAUGCAUCUGAGUGGCACAGUGGUCUAAGGCACUGCAUCGCAGUGCUAACUGUGUCACUAGAUCCUGGUUCGAAUCCAGGCUCUGUCGCAGCCGGCCGCGACCGGGAGAUUCAUGGGCGGCGCAGGGAUGUGGCCGGCAGGGAUGUAGCUCAGUUGAUAGAGCAUGGCGUUUGCAACGCCAGGGUUGUGUGUUCGUUUCCCAUGGGGGGCCAGUAUUAAAAAAAAUAUAUGUAUUCACUAACUGUAAGUCGCUCUGGAUAAGAGCGUCUGCUAAAUGACUAAAAUGUAAAUCUGAACAUUUGUCACGGAUUCAGCCGAGGCUGCCCCUCCUCCUUGCUCGGGCAGGCUUCGGUGUUCGUCGUCACCGGAGUACUAGCUGCUACCGAUCUAUGUUUCUGUGUUCUACUUGUUUCCCAUUAUGUCUAUGAUUUGUUCCCUAUUUAACCCUCUGGCUCCCACUGUGUUGUGUGCGUGUUUGUUCUAUGUUUGGUGUUAUCGACUGGUGAGCGGGAUUGUCCUCCCUGCGUGGAGUUUAUGUUCAUUUAUAUUUACGAGUAAAGUACGUUGUCUACUAGCUCUGUGUCCUGCGCCUGACUCCGUCCUACCGCUACACACUGACGCCUGACAACAUUAGGAGCUUACUUCCUAAACUGGAUUACAUAAAGAUCUGGGCAAUGCAGACGAAUCUGGACAUUCUGGUAUUGACUGAAACUUGGAUCUCUGGGGACAUUCUGGACUCUGAUAUACAGUUGAAGUCUGAAGUUUACAUACUCUUAGGUUGGAGUCAGUAAAACUCGUUUUUCAACCACUCCACAUAUUUAUUUUUAACAAACUAUAGUUUUGGGAAGUCGGUUAGGACAUCUACAUUGUGCAUGACACAAGUAAUUUUUCCAACAAUUGUUUACAGACAGAUUAUUUCACUUAUAAUUCACUGUAUCACAACUCCAGUGGGUCAGAAGUUGACAUACACUAAGUUGACUGUGCCUUUAAACAGCUUGGAAAAUUCCAGAAAAUGAUGUCUAAUUGACAUAAUUUGAGUCAAUUGGAGGUGUUCCUGUGGAUGUAUUUUUGAAGGCCUACCUUCAAACUCAGUGCCUCUUUGCUUGACAUCAUGGGAAAAUCAAAAGAAAUCAGCCAAGACCUCAGAAAUCUUUUUUUGGACCUCCACAAGUCUGGUUCAUCAUUGGGAGCAAUUUACAAACGCCUGAAAGUAACAUAUUCAUCUGUACAAACAAUAGUACGUAAGUAUAAACACCAUGGGACCACGCAGCCGUCAUACCGCUCAGGAAGGAGACGCGUGCUGUCUCCUAGAGAUUAAUGUACUUUGGUGUGAAAAGUGCAAAUCAAUCCCAGAACAACAGCAAAGGACCUUGUGAAGAUGCUGGAGGAAACAGGUACAAAAGUAUCUAUAUCCACAGUAAAACAAGUCCUAUAUCGACAUAACCUGAAAAGGCGCUCAGCAAGGAAGAAGCCAUUGCUCCAAAACCGCCAUAAAAAAGCCAAACUACGGUUUGCAACUGCACAUGGGGACAAAGAUCGUACUUUUUGGAGAAAUGUCCUCUGGUCUGAUGAAACAAAAAUAGAACUGUUCGGCCAUAAUGACCAUCGUUAUGUUUGGAGGAAAAAGGGGGAGCUUGCAAGCCAAAGAACACCAUCCCAACCAUGAAGCACGGGGGUGGCAGCAUCAUGCUGUGGGGGUGCUUUGCUGCAGGAGGGACUGGUGCACUUCACAAAAUAGAUGGCAUCAUGAGGAAGGAAAAUUAUGUGGAUACAUUGAAGCAACAUCUCAAGACACCAGUCAGGAAGUUAAAGCUUGGUGGCAAAUGGGUCUUCCAAAUGAACAAUGACCCCAAGCAUACUUCCAAAGUUGUAGCAAAAUGGCUUAAGGACAACAAAGUCAACGUAUUGGAGUGGCCAUCACAAAGCCCUGACCUCAAUCCUAUAGAUAAUUUGUGGGCAGAACUGAAAAAGCGUGUGCGAGCAAGGAGGCCUACAAAUUCACCCACUUAUUGUGGGAAGGUUGUGGAAGGCUACCCGAAAUGUUUGACCCAAGUAAACAAUUUAAAGGCAAUGCUACCAAAUACUAAUGAAGUGUAUGUAAACUUCUGACCCAAAUGUGAUGAAAUAAAUAAAAGCUGAAAGAAAUCAUUCUCUCUACUAUUAUUCUGACAUUUCACAUUCUUAAAAUAAAGUGGUGAUCCUAACUGACCUAAAACAGGGAAUUUAUACUAGGAUUAAAUGUCAGGAAUUGUGAAAAACUGAGUUUAAAUGUAUUUGGCUAAGGUGUAUGUAAACUGCCGACUUCUGUAUGUAACCAUUGAUUCGUGAAGAAUAUAACUUAGAAAUGCCUCAUGAGAGCUGAAACCACUGCAGGGAAAUAGACUGGAUGAUCAUUUCUCAAUACAUUCCUCAUUAAUUCAGUGGGAUAUUUUCUAUUUCUGUCAUUCCAUUCCGACAAAAAAUCCUAAAAGCAGGUGUUUGGGAGACGCGUGUUUAGAUUAAAUCAACAGCUUUCAAUCUGAAUUUAUUAUGGAAGAAGGAAAAUAUGGUUAUUCUAAUUUUCAUCUAAUCUGUAUGUAAAUUGAAUACUUUGAGAGGGCGGCUGUGCACACUGUGGCACUGUGAGUAGGUGCACGUAUUCAGUGUGUGUGUUUGUGUGUCUGCUGGUGAUACCCUGGCCUUGAGCAGAAUGUCUAUCCAGUAUAAAGUAUCCUAUGACUCAUGAUGAUUCAUGAUCAUAAUGUCAAUGACGACAUUGCAUCAGGAUUGAUGAUUGAUUCCAAAAAGAAAAAUCAUACAUUCGUAAGUGCACUACUCCAUAUUUACUCCAGUUUUACUUUUUCACUAUAGAUCUAUUACCAUCAGGGUAAUAAAUCACCAAGGCCUGUUUUAUCAGUACCUUCUCAUGGGGUUUUCAAUUAUUAACACUAAGACGCAUCUACAUUAGUGGCAUCUUCAGAGACAAUCCUCUCACAACAAGACAAGUGGAAAAAGGGAUAGGAGGUGUGAAGAGGAAGUGGUGGAGCUGUGGUGUUGACUCACUCCCCACAGCGGCUUAAUUUAGACAGUUGGAAACAGAGGGGGAGACAGGCAAGUGGGGAUUGAACCCCCGUCUCCAGUGGGGAGCAGUAUACAUGCAACUGAGGCUGGGAGCAUUACCACUAGUCCACAGGGUAGGACUGGUGGUAAGGGAAGUGGUGGAGCAGUUUUGUUAUUGACUCACUAACUCACCACAGUACCUUCUGCACAAGUGACCAAGUGAUUUGAACUCCUCAAUUGGUUUUAAUAUUUCAUGCUGAGGUAACUUCCCGUUGGGUUUUUAGGUAAUGAUGACUGAUGAAACCUCGGGAUGACUAAAAAAACCACAUGAUGACUAAUGAAACCUCAUGAUGACUAGAUGCUUGGUCUGCACAAAGAUUGUAGAUGAUAUCCUUAAGUGAGAUAAGGUUGCAUUUGACAGAUGACAGAUAAUUUUGGAAUAUGCACCCUCUUUUCAUUUGCUCCAGACCAAGACAGUGGUUAGUCGUAUGGAACUCCGUAAAAUUAUCUGUUUUGACAUCAGAAAUCAUAUUGCGUCUGUGAAUACAAUUUGAUGUUUGCUUGCUGUCGAGGCCCGAGGUUUUAAACUAAAAACAGAAGGGCCACAGAGACCGUAGCUGUCUCUAUUGUUUUUAUGUUCUCCGUUUGAAUUAUUAGCCACAGUUGUGGGUGUUGCAGUGCUCCAGCACUGUGAAAAUACAGCAUGGCUCUGAACAAAGCUGUGCUCUGAGCUCUGAGAGAGAGAGAGCCGCCACCUGCUUUAACACAGAGGCAGACAAGAGCUUUAGAUGUGCCCUCUGGCUCUCACACUGAAGCUACAGACACAUCCAGGCUAUGUUUAGAGGAAAGAUACAGUCAGAGGGACAAAUGUGAUUGCAAAGCCUCAAACCUGCACCCGCAAAGGCAACAGCACUGAAUACAUAAUCACAUUUGAGCCCAGUCCUUCUACCGCCUAUAUUGAAAGUAAUUCCAUGUCUUUCAAGGCUGGCUCUAUCUUUAUUCAGAUUGCUAUCAAAUGGAACAUAGUAACCCACAGCUGUUCUCUCAUGCUUACUUCCAACACCGCUGGGCUGCUUUCACCAGGGAGGUGUUCAUAUGGGGGAGUGUGCAUCUGUUCUCUGACUCUCUCCCAGACAUGUUGUUGCAUAUCCUAAUGUAAUUUUUCUAAGCCUCUUGCAUCAUGGGGAUGUCUGUUGUUUUGAUGCUCUCUCAUUUUCUCUCACCAUGGUUUGUGUUUGUGAGAGUAGAUGUUUUCCUUUACUCUCUGAUGAGAGCUGGAUUUUGCAGCGGCUCAAUUCAGCUUUGCUCAGUUCAGCUCUGCUCAGCGCGACACAGCCUCAAACCGGCACAAUGUGUCUUUCUGGUUCCCUGUGCAAAUGAAUGUGGCACUGACCAGACAUUGUUUCUCCAAAUGUGCUGUUUCAUCAUCUAUCUCCCCACAGCUCUGUCACGGCCCACUGUGUCCCUGACUUGGGUUCAGCAACACCUAGAGCACAGACACAUUAUCUCACUCAGCAAGUCUCUCUACGGCUGAAACUCAUUUGUGAAAGGAAGAUAAAUGGCAGACAUUUGUCAACACAUUCUCAUCCCACAGUAUGAUGGUGCAUGAGAGGGAUGGUUCUGUGAGUAAAUGAAGCUUCUUUCUUCCCAAUGAAAAGUUUAGUGUUCUGUAUCUAUAGUCUGCAUAAAUAUUUCACGACAGGAGGAGACGUAUGUGUUCAUAUUUCAGACGGGAAGGCAGGUAAAGCAGAAGAAUGUAUAUUAAAUAUCCUUUAAACUCACAACAGUGGAUUUGUGAACAUUGGUUUACUGGGAGUAUGACAACAUAUUUACCUUUUAGUCUACCCUAAAAUAAUAAUUACCUACUUGUAUAUUACAGUCACGUACCUUACAAGAGCGGCCACAUUUUGUGAACUUUCAGCAUUCUCCCUACUUGAGUUAGUAAAUAAUUCAUCAGUAAUAAUUGUGAUUCAGUGAGCCGUGCCUCAGAAUGCCUUGUUCAAACAGGCGCUCUCUAAAGACCAACCAACUCAAACCGGCCCAAAUUAGACGGGAGCCAGAUGAACGCUCGUCAGGCAGUGUAUUCCAAGCAUUGUGUCAAUGAAUAAGAAAUAGCAUAACCCUCCUCCACUCUACCACUCCUUCUGUGAAAGCUGUUACUAUUACUAUUAUUAUUUAACUGAUCGAACUCAAGUGAAUGAAAGCUCUGCUUCGGCUAACAUCCUGGCUCUUAUUGGGGUUGAGGCUGUUCGUUUUCGAUGUAAGUUGCUUGCUGUGGUUAGUUGAGGUUUCCCUCCACGUUCAAAGCGCGCCGCUGUCUGAUGAUACCUCUCAUGGUUGGUGGGCGUGGGCGGAUGGCUUCUGCUGAUGGAUGACUGGUGCUCCCUCGCUGUGCUGCUCUAGCCUGCUUUACUCUGAGACAUCAUGGGGCAGAGCCUCCCCUAUGACCUGGCGGCUGUAUGUGCUGUCUGUGGUAUUAUCUGUACCCCGCCCUUCCACAGUAGUGAGGGAGUCAUCAAAGCAGUCCUCAUUAGGAGUUGGCUGCAGAGUGGACCAUGUACACAGAGGCUGCUACAAAACCUAACAGCCCAAACCCCCUCUCUCCAGUCUUCUGACCUGUGUGUGGCGGAGCACAUUGAAGGUCUUUUGGGUCGGUCCCAGGCUGUCCUCUGUCUCCCUGUAUCAGAGGGGUGUCAGGUGACCAGGUGCAGGGUUUGGUUACUCCUCUUAUCCUGAUAGCUGGUGUAAUGAGAUCAUUAGAUCCAGGUAAUAGGUUGUUGGACUAGUCAAGCGAGAGAAAAGCCAGGCGGAUCGGUUGCACUGCCCUUCAACUCCACCCUUCCAUCGCUGCCUCGGGAGAAUCACUAAUCAGCCUCACUCAGGAUGGGGGAACACAACAAGGACACAUCCCAAAUGGUACCCUAUUCACUAUAUACAUUUACAUUUACGUCAUUUAGCAGACGCUCUUAUCCAGAGCGACUUACAAAUUGGUGCAUUCACCUUAUGAUAGCCAGUGGGACAGCCACUUUACAAUAAUUGUAUUAUUAUUAUAUUUUUUAUUUUUUAUUUUUUUAAAUAUAUUUUGUGGGGGUGGGGUAGGGGGGCGGGGUAGAAGGAUUACUUUUAUACUAUCCCAGGUAUUCCUUAAAGAGGUAGGGUUUCAAGUGUCUCCGGAAGGUGGUCAGUGACUCCGCUGUCCUGGCGUCGUGAGGGAGCUUGUUCCACCAUUGGGGUGCCAGAGCAGUGAACAGUUUUGACUGGGCUGAACAGGAACUGUGCUUCCGCAGAGGUAGGGGGACCAGCAGGCCAGAGGUGGAAGAAUGCAAUGUCCUCAUUUGGGUGUAGGGACUGAUCAGAGCCUGAAGGUAGGGAGGUGCCGUUCCCCUCACAGCUCCAUAAGCAAGCACUAUGGUCUUGUAGCAGAUGCGAGCUUCAACUUGGAAGCAAGUGGAGUGUGUGGAGGAGCGGGGUGACAUGAGAGAACUGGGGAAGGUUGAAAACCAGACGGGCUGCAGCGUUCUGGAUGAGUUGUAGGGGUUUAAUGGCACAGGCAGGGAGCCCAGCCAACAGCGAGUUGUAGUAAUCCAGACGGGAGAUGACAAGUGCCUGGAUUAGGACCUGUGCCACUUCCUGUGUAAGGUAGGGUCGUACUCUGCGAAUGUUGUAGAGCAUGAACCUACAGGAUCGGGUCACCACUUUGAUGUUAGCAAAGAAUGACAGGGUGUUGUCCAGGGUCACGCCAAGGUUCUUUGCACUCUGGGAGGAGGACACAAUGGAGUUGUCAACCGAGAUGGCGAGAUCAUGGAGCGGGCAGUCCUUCCCUGGGAGGAAGAGCAGCUCCGUCAUGCCGAGGUUCAGCUUGAGGUGGUGAUCCGACAUCCACACUGAUAUGUCUGCCAGACAUGCAGAGAUGCGAUUCGCCACCUGGUUAUCAGAAGGGGGAAAGGAGAAGAUGAAUUGUGUGUCGUCUGCGUAGCAAUGAUAGGAGAGACCAUGUGAGGAUAUGACAGAGCCAAGUGACUUGGUGUAUAGAGCGAAUAGGAGCGACCUGUCAGGUAGGACGCAAUCCAAGAGUGAGCCGCACCGGAGAUGCCCAACUCGGAGAGGGUAGAGAGGAGGAUCUGAUGGUUCACAGUAUCAAAGGCAGCAGAUAGGUCUAGAAGGUUUAGAGCAGAGGAGAGAGAGUUAGCUUUAGCAGUGCGGAGAGCCUCUGUGACACAGAGAAGAGCAAUCUCAGUUGAAUGACCAGUCUUGAAACCUGACUGGUUUGGAUCAAGAUGGAGAGAGAGGGGAGAAAGAAGUCAAAGCAUAGGGUAGGGCAGUGUGAGCAGGACCAGCGGUGUCAUUUUUCUUAAUAAAUGAGGAUCGGAUGUCGUCAACCUUCUUUUCAAAAUGGUUGACGAAGUCAUCCACAGAGAGGGAGGAGGGAGGUGGAGGAGGAGGAGGAUUCAGCAGGGAGGAGAAGGUGGCAAAGAGCUUCCUAGGGUUAGAGGCAGAGGCUUGAAAUUUAGAGUGGUAGAAAGUGGCUUUAGCAGCAGAAACGGAGGAAGAGAAUGUAGAGAGGAGGGAGUGGAAAGAUGACAGGUCCGCAGGGAGUCUAGUUUUCUUCCAUUUCCGCUCGGCUGCCCGGAGCCCUGUUCUGUGAGCUCGCAAUGAAUCGUCAAGCCACGGAGCAGGUGGGGAGGACCGAGCCGGCCGGGAGGAUAGGGGACAUAGAGAGUCAAAAGAUUCAGAGAGGGAGGAGAGGAGGGUUGAGGAGGCAGAAUCAGGAGAUUGGAGGGAGAAGGAUUUAGCAGAGGGAAGAGAUGAUAGGAUGGAAGAGGAGAGAGUAGCGGGAGAGAGAGAGCGAAGGUUGCGACGGCACAUUACCAUCUGAGUAGGGGCAGAGUGAGUAGUGUUGGAGGAGAGCGAGAGAGAAAAGGAUACGAAGUACUGGUCGGAGACUUGGAGGGGAGCUUGCAGUGAGAUUAGUAGAAGAACAGCAUCUAGUAAAGAUGAGGUCAAGCGUAUUGCCUGCCUUGUGAGUAGGGGGGGACGGUGAGAGGGUGAGGUCAAAAGAGGAAAGGAGUGGAAAGGAGGCAGAGAGAAAUGAGUCAAAGGCAGACGUAGGGAGGUUAAAGUCACCCAGAACUGUGAGGGGUGAGCCAUCAUCAGGAAAGGAACUUAUCAAGGCGUCAAGCUCAUUGAUGAACUCUCCAAGGGAACCUGGAGGGCGAUAAAUGACAAGGAUGUUAAGCUUGAAUGGGCUAGUGACUGUGACAGCAUGAAAUUUAAAUGAGGAGAUAGACAGAUGGGUCAGGGGGGAAAGAGAGAAUGUCCACUUGGGAGAGAUGAGGAUUCCUGUGCCACCGCCGUGCUGACCAGAUGCUCUCGGGGUAUGCGAGAACACAUGAUCAGACGAUGAAAGAGCAGUAGGAGUAGCAGUGUUUUCUGUGGUAAUCAAUGUUUCCGUCAGCGCCAAGAAGUUGAGGGACUGGAGGGUAGCAUAGGCUGACAUAUAGUCUAGUACACUACUUUCGACCAGCGCCUAUAUGGUUCUGGUCAAAACUAGUGCACUAUAUAAGGAAUCAGCUGGCCUAUGCUGGAGAUGACGGGCUUCUUCAGAUUUGACUGAGUUUGAUUAAUCUAACAUCAUAGAAGGGCAUUGAUCUUGAAGGACAAAUAUGCUCCUCUGCCCCCUCUUUUACUCAAUAUAGUAUAUAUCAAUGGGAAUAUACACUAGACAGCAUUUUUUCUAUUCACAACUCACCCUUUGCAAACACUGCCUGUGCAAGCUCUAGAAAAGAGGAAAGAGAGCGAGAAAGAUGGAGACUGAUGGAGAGAGAGAAAUUGAGAGAGAGAGCAAGAGAGAGCAAGACCUAAAUUGAUUUUCCACAUGUGAAAUCAUGUGAUUUUUUUGUAAGGGGAGAAAGAGAGCAAGAGAGCGAUGAAGAGAGAGCGAGAGAGAGAAAUGUUUCCACAAACCCUUCUGCUAAAAGUGGCAAAAAAAAGUUGUACGGCAGUUGACGUGACACCUUUAAUAGUCCCCCAGCCAGCUGGCUGUGGAUACAUCAGGCCCGAGUCCAUCUGUUGCUCAUCUCUAAUUGCUAGAAUAUAACAGUUCCAUUUCCUAAUGAGUUUGUAGCGCGAGACGAGGGCCUAGUGCGGUGCUGUAGCACUGAAAAGAUGGAGUGGGGCCCAUGCUAGUACUACGCCCAGGGGAGGUGGAGGUGAUUAGGCUUCUAGCUACACCAGGAGUGACAGACGGCCAUGAGGUAGAAUGACUGGGCAGACACAGGACAACAACAGUAAAGGAGAGGGAGACAAUAUGAGUCUGAACUUCUCUGGUCCCAGAUCUGAAUGUGCUUUAUUUAAAUCCUAUGACCGUUAUUGUAAUACCAUAUCAUCAUUAUGGCUACUUAUCUGGGACCAGGCUAGGUCUGAACACCAGCACAUGCUAUCAUCACAAAUCAGCUUUCCCCCAUUUGUCUUCUACUAUUAAAAGUCCAUGAACGAGGAGCAGGGCCAAGGUAAUUGCCUGGGUAAUUCUUAUCAGACAGUGGUCGGGGCUCUCAUCCUAGAAUUACGCAGGCAGAGUGCAUAUGAUUCAGCUGAAUAGAAAAUGCAGAACAAUAAACUGUGGGUUUUUAGACAACGGGUGAUAAAGCCCCAGUGUUUCCAUAUUUCAGCCAAGGCCAUUGUCUGGGUGACAGCAGGGGUGCGUUGUGGAUGGCUCCUGCUGGCUCAGGCUCUCACAGUCGCACCCAUAAUCAUCAGCAGGCAGUUGAGUGGCGAUGCAGCAGCUCCUGUCCUGGUGUUCCACAAUGGCUGCCAUUGGUUUUAAAUAUAAAACACCUCUCAUGCUCUUCCGACGCCUCCUUUGAGGGAAAUGUCAGCUAACACAAUUGACCUUUUUAACCCGGGCCCUGGGCUGGGUACACUGACAGCCCUCCCCCACCUGCCGCAGCAGGCACCCUUUAAUAUGCUAAUCAACCCUGUCCGCUGAUGGGGCAGUCAGGACUAAUGAGGCUGGGAAGCCGUGCUCCAAAGGCUCAUGGUUAGUGGACAUGAUCACCUGACAGGUGCUGUUGCUACUAGCCCGCUGAGUGAUCGAGAAUCGAGACGUUCAGCUGAUCCAGUGUUAUGAAGAUGAUACAGAACUGUACAGUAUGUUGCCAGCUGUCUCCAAAGCCCUGAUCGCACAGGCCAGAUGUGAUGAUGUGUCAUGUACUGUAUCUAACAUGAGAUCUUUAUAUUCAGUCAGUGAGAUGAUUAUCCAAGGUUGUCAUCCAUCAUAGUCCUUUAAGGGAAAUUGAGAAAAUGAAGUAGUGUUUGAUCAUUACAGAGAAGGACUAUUUUGAGCAACUUUAUGAAAAUGAGAACUAAUGCAAAGAUAGGGUUCCCUGGGGAAAUGAGGAAAAGUCUACAUCACAUGUAAUUUUCAUACAAUGGACAAAAAAGACAGUAGGGUUGUUCUUUGAAGUGGUUCUCUCUAUUUCAUCAUUGAUCGUUGAUGCUCAUAGUAAAGUCUGUGUGAUCUGUCCCCACUGCGGUUCUCAUACAAAAAGGCUGGUCUGGUCCACACAUGUCCCUCUCCUCAGGUUGCUCUGGGUUUCCCAUGGCCCUACCUGCUGGUUGAAAUACACGCACGCACACACACACACACACACACACACACACACACACACACACACACACACACACACACACACACACACACACACACACACACACACACUAGGCUUGUGCGGUAUAACGUAUAUACCAUAUACUGCGGUAUUUGGAAAUAGCCACGGGAUGGUUUUUCAAUACCAUCAAUACCGUUGAAACUAUUUCUUUGACGUUUUUCAAUAAAUGAAUAAGUGAAUAUUUGUAGCUACUUUUUAAGUAAAUACCUUCAGACAACUUGUGCAAUACAUUAGGAGAUAAAGCAGAUCGCGUUCUUCAUCACGUCACAUUAUUUUACAUUAUGAAGCUUAUCGUAGUUCCCCAGAACAGUUGAGCCAGUCACAUGUUUGUUUUUAAAUAGCACAACGGGAAAGAGUCCAGCUGUGUACUUGCUAGUUAGCUAAGUAAGUUACUGAAUUAAUAAGGAUACGAGGCAUCAUAUAGUGUUAGCUUUCUGCUGUGUUUGAGAAGUCAAAGUGCUUUGGAUGAGUUAUCUGUACAGCUGCCACUGCUAUCUUGAGUUCCUUGCACUUUUCUCGGCCCCUCAGUCUGCUCCUCCCCCCUCUUUUCUUCUCUAGCGACUCCAGAUAUCACACAGGCACAGACAUGCUGCUCCAGAGCCAGUGCUAUUCUUCCUUCAGACAAGCAUGCAUCAGAACUGUGUUAAUUUGCACAAUGUCUCUCAUUCACAUUCGCUUGUAAAUGUCAAAACUCACCAAAAAUGACAUUCGGUAGCUGCUAACUUUAUGAGAUGGAUUGCCUAUUUUUGCAAUUAGUUUAUUUUCGUUUGCGCUCGUUUGCAUAUUUAGCUAGCAGCCUCUAUGGAACUUUGGUAGUACUUGACCAGAUUUUGUUAGCUUUCUGGUAAUAGACGCCAAAUGCUUUUUUUGUGUGUUUUUAGCGCCCCCUUGUGUACUAAGCCGGUAACACCAUAAAUCCUGGGAUGAGAGUAUGAAGAUAUGACAAUCUGGAUACCGCCUAACCCGAACACACACAUAGCUGCUGUACCAACAAACUGAAAGUGCAUUGCUAACCAUGGCAGUAUAUGUUGUUUUUCGACACAACAGUAGUAGGCUUGAUUACCAACAACGAUGAGACAGCCUACAGGGAGGAGGUGAGGACUCUCUGAGUGUGGUGUCAGGAAAAUAACCUUUCACUCAACGUCAACAAAACAAAGGAGAUGAUCAUGGACUUCAGGAAACAGCAGAGGGAGUACCUUCUUAUCCACAUCGACGGGACAGCAGUGGAGAAGGUGGAACCUUUUAAGUUCCUCUGCGUAUAUAUCACUGACAAACUAAAAUGGUUCACCCACACAGGCAGUGUGGUGAAGAAGGCACAACAGUGUGGUGAAGAAGGCACAACAGUGUCUCUUCAACCUCAGGAGGCUGAAGAAAUGUGGCCUGUCAACUAAAACCCUCACAAACUUUUAUAGAUGCACAAUUGAGAGCAUCCUGUUGGGCUGUAUCACCGCCUGGUAUGGCAACUGCACCGCCCACAACCGCAGGGCUCUCCAGAGGUUGGUGCGGUCUGCACAACGCAUCACCGGGGGCAAACUACAUGCCCUCCAGGACACCUACAGCACCCGAUGUCACAGGAAGGCCAAAAAGAUAAUCUAGGACAACUACCACCCGAGCCACCACUGCCUGUUCACCCCGCUAUCAUCCAGAAGGCGAGGUCAGAACAGGUGCAUCAAAGCUGGGGCCGAGAGACUGAAAAACAGCUUCUAUCUCAAGGCCAUCAGACUGUUAAACAGCCAUCACUAGCACAGAGUCUGCACAGAGUCUGCCUACAUACAGACUUGGAAAUCACUGGCCACUUAAUAAAUGGAACACUAGUCACUUUAAUAAUGCCACUUUAAUAAUGUUUACAUAUCUUGCAUUACCCAUUUCAUAUGUAUAUACUGUAUUCUAUACUAUCUUAAUAAUGUUUACAUAUCUUGCAUUACCCAUCUCAUAUGUAUAAACUGUAUUCUAUACUAUCUAUUGCAUCUUAGCCUAUGCCGCUCUGACAAUGACAUUGCUCAUCCAUAUAUUUAUAUAUUCUUAUUCCAUUCCUUUACUUAGAUUUGUGUGUAUUAGGUAUUUGUUGUGGAACUGUUAGAUAUUACUUGCUAGAUAUUGCUGCACUGUCGGAACUAGAAGCACAAGCAUUUCGCUACACUCGCAAUAACAUCUGCUAACCAUUUGUAUGUGACCAAUACAUUUGAUUUGAUUUGAUAUGCAGAUACACACAGAGUCACACAUAUGCAGGUAGCCUAGCGGUUAGGAGCGGUGGGCCAGUAACCAAAAGGUCGCUGGUUAGAAUCCCCGAGCCGCCUAGGUGAAAAAUCUGUCGAUGUGCCCUUGAGCAAGGCACUUAACCCUAAUUGCUCCUCUUGUAAGUCGCUCUGGAUAAGAGUGUCUGUUAAAGGACUAAAACUUACAUGGGAGCAGCAACAAACACAAGAUUUUAGCUAAUUAGCAACUUUUCAACUACUUACUACUUUUUAGCUACUUUGCAACUACUUAGCAUGUUAGCUAACCAUUCCCCUAACCCUAACCUUAACCCUUUUAGCUAACCCUUCACCUAACCCUAACCUUAACCCUUUUAGCUAAUCCUUCCCCUAUCCUUAACCCUUUAAUCUAGUUUCUAAACUUAACCUUAACCCUAACUCUAACCCCUAUGGCACAGGAGGAGAUGGCUGCCAUUUUACGGCCCUCUAACCAAUUGUGCUACUAUGUGUGUUUUUUCAUGUCAUUUAUAAUUUAUUCUGUACAUAAUGUUUCUGCCACCGUCUCUUAUGACCAAAAAGAGCUUCUGGAUAUCAGGACAGCGAUUACUCACCUCGUAUUGGACAAAUAUUUUUUCUUCAACGACACGGACAUGAAGGAUAUUCUACAGACACCCGACAAGGCCCAAAUCCCCGUCAUUCGCAUGAGAAAGACAUGGAGAUAUCGUGGAGGUAGGUCAGGGUGCCUUGUAAGGAUCCGACGGCGAGCGAGUAAUCUGCCUCUUCCAUCAAUCCUAUUAGCCAAUGUACAAUCAUUUGAAAACAAAAUGGACAACCUAAGAUUAAGGAUAUCCUACCAACGGGACUUUAAAAAUGGUAAUAUCUUAUGUUUCACCGAGUCGUGGCUGAACGACGACAUGGAUAACAUACAGCUGGCGGGAUAUAUGCUACCUCGGCUGGAUAGAACGGCUGACUCCUGUAAGACAAGGGGUGGCGGUCUGUAUAUAUUUGUAAACAACAGCUGGUGCAUAAAAUAUAAUACUAAGGAAGUCUCGAGGUUUUGCUUGCCUGAGGUAGAGUAUCUCAUGAUAAGCUGUAGACCACACUAUUUACCAAGAGAGUUUUCUUCUAUAUUUUUAGUAGCUGUCUAUUUACCACCACAAACCGAUGCUGGCACUAAGAUUGCACUCAAUGAGCUGUAUAAGGCCAUAAGCAAACAGGAAAAUGCUGAUCCAGAGGCAGCACUCCUAGUAGCCGGGGACUUUAAUGCAGGGAAACUUAAAUCCGUUCUACCUAAUUUCUACCAGCAUGUUAAAUGUGCAACCAGAAGGAAAAAAACUCAAGACCACCUUUACUCCACACAUAGAGACGCGUACAAAGCUCUCCCUCGCCCUCCAUUUGGCAAAUCUGACCAUAAUUCUAUCCUCCUGAUUCCUGCGUAUAAGCAAACACUAAAACAGGAAGCACCAGUGACUCUGUUAAUAAGGAAGUGGUCAGAUGACGCAGAUGCUAAGCUACAGGACUGUUUUGCAAGCACAGACUGGAAUAUGUUCUGGGAUUCUUCCGAUGGCAUUGAGGAGUACACGACAUCAGUCACUGGCUUCAUCAAUAAGUGCAUCGAUGACGUCGUCCCCACAGUGACCGUACGUACAUACCCCAACCAGAAGCCAUGGAUUACAGGCAACAUCCGCACUGAGCUAAAGGGUAGAGCUGCCGCUUUCAAGGAGCGGGACUUUAACCCGGACGCUUAUAAGAAAUCCUGCUAUGCCCUCCGACGAACCAUCAAACAGGCAAAGAGUCAAUACAGGACUAAGAUUGAAUCGUACUACACCGGCUUCGACGCUCAUCGGAUGUGGCAUGGCUUGCAAACUAUUACAGACUACAAAGGGAAGCACAGCCGCGAGCUGCCCAGUGACACGAGCCUACCAGACGAGCUAAAUCACUUAUAUGCUCGCUUCGAGGCAAGCAACACUGAAGCAUGCAUGAGAGCAUCAGCUGUUCCGGAUGACUAUGUGAUCGCGCUCUCCGUAGCCGAUGUGAGUAAGACUUUUAAGCAGGUCAACAUUCACAAGGCCGCAGGGCCAGACGGAUUACCAGGACGUGUACUCUGAGCAUUUGCUGACCAACUGGAAAGUGUCUUCACUGACAUUUUCAACAUGUCCGUGACUGAGUCUGUAAUACCAACAUGUUUCAAGCAGACCACCAUAGUCCGUGUGCCCAAGACGACUAAGAUAACCUGCCUAAAUGACUACUGACCUUUAGCACUCAGAUCUGUAGCCAUUAAGUGCUUUGAAAGGCUGGUCAUGGCUCACAUCAACACCAUUAUCCCAGAAACCCUAGAGCCAUUCCAAUUUGCAUACCGCCCCAACAGAUCCACAGAUGAUGCAAUCUCUAUUGCACUCCAAACUGCUCUUUCCCACCUGGACAAGAGGAACACCUACAUGAGAAUGCUAUUCAUUGACUACAGCUCAGCAUUCAACACCAUAGUGCCCUCAAAGCUCAUCACUUAGCUAAUGACCCUGGGACUAAACACCACCCUCUGCAACUGGAUCCUGGACUUCCUGACGGGCCACCCCCAGGUGGUAAGGGUAGGUAACAACACAUUUGCCACGCUGAUCCUCAACACGGGGGCCCCUCAGGGGUGCAUGCUCAGUCCCCUCCUGUACUCCCUGUUCACCCAUGACUGCAUGGCCAGGCACGACUCCAACACCAUCAUUAAGUUUGCUGAUGACACAACAGUGGUAGGCCUGAUCACCGACAACGAUGAGACAGCCUAUAGGGAGGAGGUCAGAGACCUGGCCGUGUGGUGCCAGGAUAACAACCUCUCCCUCAACGUGAUCAAAACAAAGGAGAUGAUUGUGGACUACAGGAAAAAAAGAGGACUGAGCACGCCCCCAUUCUCAUCGAUGGGGCUGUGGUGGAAUAGGUUGAGAGUUUCAAGUUCCUUGGUGUCCACAUCACCAACAAACUAUCAUGGUCCAAACACACCAAGACACUCUUGAAGAGGGCACGACAAAGCCUAUUCCACCUCAGGAGACUGAAAAGAUUUGGCAUGGGUCCUCAGAUCCUCAAAAGGUUCUACAGUUGCACCAUCGAGAGCAUCCUGACUGGUUGCAUCACUGCCUGGUAUGGCAACUGCUCUGCCUCCGACCGCAAGGCACUACAGAAGGUAGUGCGUACGGCCCAGUACAUCACUGGGGCCAAGCUUCCUGCCAUCCAGGACCUCUAUACCAGGCGGUGUCAGAGGAAGGACCUAAAAAUUGUAAAAGACUCCAGCCACCCUGGUCAUAGACUGUUCUCUCUGCUACUGCACGGCAAGCGGUACCGGAGCACCAAGUCUAGGUCCAAAAGGCUUCUUAACAGCUUCUACCCCCAAGCCAUAAGACUCCUGAACAGCUAAUCAUGACUAUUUGCAUUGUCCCCCCCACUCCACCCCACCCCCUCUUUUUACGCUGCUGCUACUAUGUUUAUUAUCUAUGCAUAGUCACUUUAACUGUACCCACAUGUACAUAUUACCUCAAUUACCUCGACUAACCGGUGCCCCCGCACAUUGACUCAUUACCUGUAUCCCCUGUAUAUAGCCUCCCUACUGUUAUUGAAUUUUUUACUUAUCUAUUUUUUACUUAACACUUUUUUUUCUUAAAACUGCAUUGUUGGUUAAGGGCUUGUAAGUAACAUUUCACUGUAAGGUCUACACCAGUUGUAUUCGGCGCAUGUGGCAAAUACAAUUUGAUUUGAUUUGGUUAGCCUAGCUAGCUAACGUUAGAAACAAUCCGUAACAUACAGCAUCAUACAUUUUUGCAAAUUCGUAACAUAUUGUAUUUUUUGCUAAUUGUAACAUAUUGCACAUUUUGCGAAUUCAUAACAUAUAAUAGGAAUUCUAAUUCAUAACAUCUCAUAUUUUUUUGCAAGUUUGUAACAUAUUGUACAUUUUGUAAAUUCAUAACAUUAAACACGAAUUGUAAUUCAUAACAUAUCAUACUGAAUUAAGGGUCUCGGAUUUACGUACAGAAUAAUACAAAAUGCUCUGAGACCAGGUUGUUCUGACUGACAGGCUGACAGGCUGUCCUCUGGACUGGGCUGGAGAAUCAGGGCCUCGGAAUUAGGUUGUGUUCUAAAUGGCACCCUAUCUAUCCAAAUAGACUGCACUACAGAGCCCUAUCGUCAAAAGUAGUGCACUAUAUAGGAAGUAGGGUGCCAUUUGUGAUGCAGGGAGUGUUUGUCUGGAAAAGCACAGUUCCUGUCAGUCCAAUUUAAAGACAUUGGGACAUUAUUGCUAGUGAUAUAACUGUGUUUGACAUGCUGUGCAUUUCUGUGUGUGUUGUUUUUGUUUAUUUGUUCUAGGGGCUGAUAUUGUUAUAUUUGACAAGGCCUCACUUUAACUAAGGACGUAUCAAGACAUGACAUUGAGUUUUUUGGUUUGUUGAUGUUCUGUCCAACAACGAUACAGCAUUGUCAUGGUGAUGUUGAUGGAGAUGGUCAGUGACCCUAAUGCUGCUCUGUUUCUCUCUCUGUGUGUGUGUGUGUGUGUGUGUGUGUGUGUGUGUGUGUGUCUGUGUGUGUGUGUCUGUGUGUGUGCUUUUCCAGAGACAUCAAACCUGACAACAUUCUGCUGGACGAACAUGGUAAGACGGCUCAGCCAAUCAUAUCUGAUUUAUGUCAUAAAUUGUCAAAUCCACAGUUUACACAACUUGAAUGUGAAACAACUGAACAUUUUACGUGAGGGAAAGAAUUCUGUGAGACACAUUAGUGGUGUGGGUGACAGCAGCUAAAGUCUCAGCAUCAUCAUCCCUACACUAACAUGUGGUGUGUUUUCCAUCCUUGCUGUGUAAGGAACGACCUCCACUGAAUGAAUGAUAGAUACGUUUAGAUUUUAGCAAUGGCGCUAACAUCAUACAGCCACAUAUAGUCUCUGCAUACACACACACACACACACACACACACACACACACACACACACACACACACACACACAACCAUACAUACAAACACUCUCACACACACACGCACACACACGGAGGCGUGCACACAUGUACACACACAUGUACACACAAACUCACACACCAUUCCAAACACAUUCUUGCUCGCACACACAUGCUUUCUCCCACUCUCUGGUUUAACCUCCUAUUUAGCCCGUAGAGGGUUUUGGGCAGCGGAUCAGGGGCAGGUUGGACCAGGACGUGAUGGCAUGGCAGUCCUUCUGCCACCACAACAGUGCCUGUAUAUAAAGAGAGAGAGAGAGAGCUGAGAGAGAGAGAGAGAGAGAGAGAGAGAGAGAGAGAGGAGAGAGAGAGAGAGAGAGAGAGAGAGAGAGAGAGAGAGAGAGAGAGAGAGAGAGAGAGAGAGAGAGAGAAAGAGAAAUAGUCUCUUUCGCCCUCUGGACUUGAGAUGUUAUUAACUCCAACGUUAUUUAUUUCUCAUGCUCUGGCAGUGCUCUUUAUCCAGACAUGACCUGCUCAUGUACACGUCCCCUGAUCAUAGCUUGUCAACAGCAGUAGAUGUCUGGACGCAGCAGCCUCAGGACACAACUCUACUGAGCUGCUCUCCUGGAACACAAUUUGCCAUUACACAGGAGCCGAGUCCAGCUCAGCCUGGGUUUUUCUACCUUUAGUUUACCACUGACCUUUGAAAGACAACACUGGUCAAAAGUGCAUCACCAUGAUUAUGUUUUUUUUUUUUUUCAAAGAGCACUGAGUCCUGGAAGAGUUGACCUAUCUUUACCUCCCGGGCCCCUUCUGAUAAGAAUAGCAUUUAUCGCAGCAAAACAAUUAAGUCAUGUGCGGGUACAGUAGAGACACUAAAUGUGAUGUCCUCAGGGUGUGUCAUUGAGCUGAGGGAGAUAUUUUCCUGGGUUACUCUGCUAGAACUGUCCUCCCAGGUUAGUGUGAUCGUGUGUGAAUCUGUAGGUUUUCUCUCUCUCAGACAAAAACAGACAAACACAGAAAGCGUGUGCGUCCACGUGCGGUAGCACACACAAAGCACGUGCAGACGAUUCCACACUCUACAUGUCAGCACCCAAAGCCAGUGAGCUCACUGAAAUUCUAAAUAAGGAGUUACAGUCAGUAUCAGAAUGGGUGAUUAAUAAUAAACUGGUCUUAAAUACAUCUAAAACUAAAAGCAUUAUAUUUGGUUCAAAACAUUCUCUAAGACCUAAACCUCAACUAGAGUUGUGCAUAAAGGGUGUGGCCAUUGAGCAAGUUGAGGAAGCUAAACUCCUAGGGAUAACAUUGGAUGGUCAAUUAUCAUGGUCAAGUUAUAUUGACAAAGUUGUUGUGAAGAUAGGGAUGGGUAUGUCUGUUAUAAAAAUAUGUGAAUUUUUUUACACAAAAAUCAACUUUACUUGUUGAUCAGGCUCUGGUCCCAUCUUGUUUACUGUCUGGUAAUAUUGUCAAGUGCAGCAAAGAAAGACCCAGCAAAGCUGCAGCUGGCUCAAAACAGAGCAGCAUGCCUUGCCCUUAGCUGCACAUAUAGAUCUAACAUCAACAACAUGGAUGCCAGUCUUUCUUGGUUGAGGGUUGACGAGAGAUUAACUGCUUCUCUUCUAGUUUUCAUUAGAAAUAUUACUGUGAUGAAAAUUCUAGAUUGUCAGCAUAAUCAAAUCACAUUCAGCUCAGACACCCAUACAUACCCCACAAGACAUGCCACCAGGGGUCUUUUCACAGUCCCCAAGUCUAAAAUGAAAUCACGGCAAUGCACAGUAUUAUACAGAGCCAUGAUAACAUGAAACUUGCUUCAAUCUCCAAUUACUCAAGUAAACAGAAAAAUUACAUUUAAAAAAAUUGAUUAAACAACAUCUCAUGGUAUGUCGGGGACUGUGAUUGGACACACACACAAACGCACACACACACACACAUACACUUUAACACACACAUUAUUUUUUAGUUGUAUUGUUUGUAUAAUGUUUUAGUUGUAUUGUUUGUAGAUUGUUGUAUUUUACAUUUGUGUGACUGUCCUUGUCUAUCAGUGUCUCAGUGUUUUGUUACUUGUCAUGUUUUUUUUUUGUGGACGCCAGGAAGAGUAGCUGAUGCUUCUGCAAAAGCUAAUGAGGUUCCAAAUAAACAAAUAAUAAACAAAUAAACACACUGUCUAUAGGGUGACAGAAUGUGUUAGGUCCUGCAUUGCCCUCUGCAGGUUAGGCCCAGUGACAGGGGUAUAUUUUAUGUGUCAAACGCUCUAGGGAUGUUAAGGACCCAGCAGCACCAUAAACGCUAUGGCCACCUCCUCCAUGCCUAAUGUUGCAUAGGGUUCACAGCAGAUUCAAACCAUGAGAGAUCCUGGUGAAACUCAUUCUCGUCACUGCCAUACCUGGUCAUUCUCAUGUGAUUUUACAGACACCCACACAUAAACACAAAUGUGUGUGCACACACACUAACCCUAACCCUAAAUUUAACCAUAACUUUAACCUCUAACCGUAAUCCUAAACCUAAUCCCUAAAAUAGCAUUUUUCCUUGUGGGGACCGGCAAAAUAUCCCCACAAGGAUAGUAAAACCCUGAAUCUGUCUUUACUACAGAGGAUAGCGUGAAAGUGUUAGGAGGACAGAGAGAGAGAGAGAGAGAGAGAGAGAGAGAGAGAGAGAGAGAGAUAGAGAGAGACGAGAGAGAGAGAGAGAGCCAGAGUCGGAGCUCAGCAGCCGAGAGCUACGCUUCUCUCGUCUAGACUCGGCGCACUCUCUUCUCGAGGAGAGAGAGAGAGAAUUAAAUCAUUGAGAAAACAUUAGCUAUGGCAUCUUCCCCAAUAUUUGGAACCAAGGACUGAUCACCCCAAUCCACAAAAGCGGAGACAAAUUUGACCCCAAUAACUACCGUGGGAUAUGCGUCAACAGCAACCUUGGGAAAAUCCUCUGCAUUAUCAUUAACAGCAGACUAGUUCAUUUCAGUGAAAACAAUGUACGGAGCAAAUGUCAAAUUGGCUUUUUACCAAAUUACCAUACGACAGACCACGUAUUCACCCUGCACACCCGAAUUGACAAACAAACAAACCAAAAAAAAGGCAAAGUCUUCUCAUGCUUUGUUGAUUUAAAAAAAGCUUUUGACUCAAUUUGGCAUGAGGGUCGGCUAUACAAAUUGAAGGAAAGUGGGGUUGGGAAAAACAUACGACAUUAUAAAAUCCAUGUACACAAACAAAAAGUGUGCCGUGAAAAUUGGCAAAAAACACACAUUUCUUUCCACAGGGCCGUGGGGUGAGACAGGGAUGCAGUUUAAGCCCCACCCUCUUCAACAUAAACAGUUAUAAUAAUAAUAAUAAUAAUAAUAAUAAUAUGCCAUUUAGCAGACGCUUUUAUCCAAAGCGACUUACAGUCAUGCGUGCAUACAUUUGUUGUGUAUGGGUGGUCCCGGGGAUCGAACCCACUACCUUGGCGUUGCAAGCGCCGUGCUCUACCAGUUGAGCUACAGAGGACCACCAGUUGAAGUCGGAAGUUACAUACACUUAGGUUGGAGUCAUUAAAACUUGUUUUUCAACCACUCCACAAAUUUCUUGUUAACAAACUAUAGUUUUGGCAAGACGGUUAAGACAUCUACUUUGUGCAUGACACAAGUAAUUUUUCCAACAAUUGUUUACAGACAGAUUAUUUAACUUAUAAUUCACUGUAUCACAAUUCCAGUGGGUCAGAAGUUUACAUACAAUAAGUUGACUGUGCCUUUAAAACGCUUGGAAAAUUCCAGAAAACGAUGUCAUGGCUUUAGAAGCUUCUGAUAGGCUAAUUGACAUAAUUUGAUUCAAUUGGAGGUGCACCUGUGGAUGUAUUUCAAGGCCUACCUUCAAACUCAGUGCCUCUUUGCUUGACAUCAUGGGAAAAUCAAAAGAAAUCAGCCAAGACCUCAGAAAAAAAAUGUGUAGACCUCCACAAGUCUGGUUCAUCCUUGGGAGCAAUUUCCAAAUGCCUGAAGGUACCACGUUCAUCUGUAUAAACAAUAGUACGCAAGUAUACAGUGAGGGAAAAAAGUAUUUGAUCACCUGCUGAUGUUGGACAUUUGCCCACUGACAAAGAAAUGAUCAGUCUAUAAUUUUAAUGGUAGGUUUAUUUGAACAGUGAGAGACAGAAUAACAACAAAAAAAUCCAGACAAAUGCAUGUCAAAAAUGUUAUAAAUUGAUUUGCAUUUUAAUGAGGGAAAUAAGUAUUUGACCCCCUCUCAAUCAGGAAGAUUUCUGGCUCCCAGGUGUCUUUUAUACAGGUAACGAGCUGAGAUUAGGAGCACACUCUUAAAGGAGUGCUCCUAAUCUCAGCUUGUUACCUGUUUAAAAGACACCUGUCCACAGAAGCAAUCAAUCAAUCAGAUUCUAAACUCUCCACCAUGGCCAAGACCAAAGAGCUCUCCAAGGAUGUCAGGGACAAGAUUGUAGACCUACACAAGGCUGGAAUGGGCUACAAGACCAUCGCCAAGCAGCUUGGUGAGAAGGUGACAAGAGUUGGUGCGAUUUUUCGCAAAUGGAAGAAACACAAAACAACUGUCAAUCUCCCUCGGCCUGGGGCUCCAUGCAAGAUCUCACCUCGUGGAGUUGCAAUGAUCAUGAGAACGGUGAGGAAUCAGCCCAGAACUACACGGGAGGAUCUUGUCAAUGAUCUCAAGGCAGCUGGGACCAUAGUCACCAAGAAAACAAUUGGUAACACACUACGCCGUGAAGGACUGAAAUCCUGCAGCACCCGCAAGGUUCCCCUGCUCAAGACAGCACAUAUACAGGCCCGUCUGAAGUUUGCCAAUGAACAUCUGAAUGAUUCAGAGGAGAACUGGUUGAAAGUUUUGUGGUCAGAUGAGACCAAAAUGGAGCUCUUUGGCAUCAACUCAACUCGCCAUGUUUGGAGGAGGAGGAAUGCUGCCUAUGACCCCAAGAACACCAUCCCCACCAUCAAACAUGGAGGUGGAAACAUGCUUUGGGGGUGUUUUUCUGCUAAGGGGACAGGACAACCUCACCGCAUCAAAGGGACGAUGGAUGGGGCCAUGUACUGUCAAAUCUUGGGUGAGAACCUCCUUCCCUCAGCCAGGGCAUUGAAAAUAGGUCAUGGAUGGGUAUUCCAGCAUGACAAUAACCCGAAACACACGGCCAAGGCAACAAAGGAGUGGCUCAAGAAGAAGCACAUUAAGGUCCUGGAGUGGCCUAGCCAGUCUCCAGACCUUAAUCCCAUAGAAAAUCUGUGGAGGGAGCUGAAGGUUCGAGUUGCCAAAUGUCAGCCUCGAAACCUUAAUGACUUGGAGAAGAUCUGCAAAGAGGAGUGGGACAAAAUCCCUCCUGAGAUGUGUGUAAACCUGGUGGCCAACUACAAGAAACGUCUGACCGCUGUGAUUGCCAACAAGGGUUUUGCCACCAAGUACUAGGUCAUGUUUUGCAGAGGGGUCAAAUACUUAUUUCCCUCAUUAAAAUGCAAAUCAAUUUAUAACAUUUUUGACAUGUGUUUUUCUAGAUUUUUUUGUUGUUAUUCUGUCUCUCACUGUUCAAAUAAACCUACCAUUAAAAUUAUAGACUGAUAAUUUCUUUGUCAGUGGGCAAACGUACAAAAUCAGCAGGGGAUCAAAUACUUUUUUCCCUCACUGUAUAUACAUAGUAUGAAACUUGAAAUGUCUUUAUUCUUUUGGAACUUCUGAGUAUAAUGUUUACUGUUAAUAUUUAUUGUUUAUUUCACUUUUGUUUACUAUCUACUCCACUUGCUUUGGCAAUGUUAACAUACCGAUGCCGAUAAAGCCCUUAAAUUGAAAUUGAAUUGAAUUGAGAGAGAGCGAGAGAGAGAGAGAUAAAAUAAUAAAGAAAAAAGAGGCAGAAACAAGUAGAAAAUAGAGAAAGGAGAAAGUGACUAAGAUGAGGAGGAUGGAGAGAGAGGGGGGAAAGAGCCAGGGACAAAAAAGAGAUUGAUGGCACCCUUUUUACGUGAACAAAUAUUCAGGCUUCUCUCUGGUUCCUCUCUUGUGUUUAAUGCACAGUGUCUUUGUGUACAUAAAGACCCUUGUCCAGUCCAGACAGACUAGGCUGCUUUACAUUCACAGCAGCAUCAUGCUGGGCAUCUGUGCAUAUGGGAGUGUGUGUGCUUGUGUGCAUGCGUGUGUGUUAAAGUGUGUGUAAUAAACAGUAAAUGUGUGUAGGGUUUUAUUGGGACAUCCAUUUAGCCAAGCAAUUGCUCUGCUUAGGGUUGUAAAGGGGGGGUAUAUUACUGGAAACUUCGAAGUUUACCCAAACAGAAUUUUGUUAUCUUUCAAGGAUUUUAUGUAAUCUAUCACAAGACAUCAAGUGGCCCUUUUGGGUACAUCAGAUUUUUACAGGUGUCUGUAAUGAUCUCUGGACCUCUUUGUGGCCUGAAUAAUUCAAUACGAUGAUUUAAAAAUAAACAUUGAAGGACAAAGCUGUAAAACAUUAUCCUAAAUAUAAACCAUCAACUUAGUGAAUACCAUUGGUGUUUAUGAGGGUUUUGUCAUGAAAUGUCCUUUAUAUUAUACACUUUUAUUUUACUAUGUCAGUAUGUAUUUGUUGUCGAUGUUCUGGCAUCAAACUGGUGGCAGUUGUGAACACAGUCAAUAGUUGAAAGAGUUGCAGAGUUAAUUGAAAAUAAUGACAUUGUUGACUAGAUGCUUUUUUCAUUCAUUAGGUUAUUUUCUCUUGAACCAUAUGGCCUAUCUACUAGAAACUAAUGGACAAUAUGGACACAGAUACAAAAAAAUGUAUACUAUGUCUGAAUAUAUAUUUUUAAGUUAGUCAAGUAUACGUUACCAAAUUUACGAUAGAUUGCCAUAGAUUUUCUGUUAAUUACCUAAAAUUACUGACGUUUCUGGUAUCUUUGGUAAAUUACCAGUAGCAUUGCAACCCUAGCUCUGUGGCAUAAAACACACACACACACACACACAGUCUUGUACAGCUAACCUUGUAAGGCACACACAAUUCAGUCCCAUUCAAAAUCCUAUUUUCCCUAACCCCUAACACUAAACCUAACCCUAACCCAUACUCUUACCAUAAUCUAACCCUAACCUUAACCCUAAACCUAACCCUAGCUCCUAACCCUAACCCUAAAACUAAUCCUAGCUCCUAACCCUAAACCUAAUUCUAACCCUAACACUAAUUCUAAUCUUAACCCUAAACCCCCUAGAAAUAGUAUUUGACCUUGUGGGGACCAACAAAAUGUCCCCAGUUGGUCAAAUGUUUGUUCGUUUACUCUACCCCCAACCAAAUCAUUCACUCACAGUGACCACAUUAUGAAUGCAGCCAGAAUAAACUCUGGGUUCAAACACAAAGAAUACCCUAUUACUAACGACUGAAUAAACUCAGGCACCCACCCAGCACAGCAUAAUGUAGGACAGUUUUAGCUGCUUGAUACCUGUAUGCUGCCUUAAGUAGACUGCCUAUAAACCUUGUUUCAAAUCAAUUGUAACCCAGAAUUUUGAAUACUACUUUCUUCCCAGCUAACAAGGAACGUAACUGAGACAUUUGUAACAUUUCCCUUAGUCUUCCAGAGGUACUGAAUGUCAUAGCCCGUUUGGAACAUUAUAGGCACAUUCAUAACGUUUCUAAUAAGUAUUAUAGAGGUUAUAAAUAUCAGGUCGCUAUACAGACAUCAUGGGAACAUUAAAAACGUUACUUAGUAGUCCAUGAAAGGUUCUGAAUAUCAUGUUAUUUUGGAGAUAUCCUAGGAACAUUUCAUAAUGUUACAUUUAGAGCUAUGGUUUGUCUUCAUAUGACAUUACAAUCGGAAUGAUAGAAAUACAUUUUUGAACAUCAUCUCUAAGUUUCACAAUAACGUUAUUAUGACUUAUGUGGGGACUAAAAUAACUUUGUGAUCACGUCCUGGAACGUAAUUUUGUUAGCUGAGUUUCCUGUUUCCUUCUACAGGACAUUGUCACCUGACAGACUUCAACAUCGCUGCCAUCGUCAAAGACGAUCUAAGAGCCACAUCUAUUGCAGGGACCAAACCAUACAUGGGUAAAUAACUACACAACACUUAUACCACUGAGCUAAUGGAAAGGUGACACAGCUCAAUGCUACAGUACUGUGUCUUUCUAGUUUCAGAGUUAAUAUAUCUAUCUCCCUCUCAAUGUUAAUGCUUAUGCUCCUUAUAUUUCCUUUUCAUUACGUAUCAUACAGUAUCAGAUCAAUGUUGUUCCUUCUGCUCUGGGGGAUCUGAUGUAAAUUCAUAGAAUUACAGACUGAUUAGAAUGUGGAGUUCAUUGACCCCGGGUCCUGGACGACCGGUGUGUCUCGUCCAAGGUAAUUAAGAGGCGUGACGAAUGGAUCAGUUUAGUGGGACUGACACAGAGGAAGCAGCAGGGAACAGAAGAGGAGAUGGAGGGGGAGGAGAGGAUGAAUUUAGAUCCAGAUUUAAGACUGCCAUAAAGGAUAAUGUAUAAUUUAAUAGAAAAAAGUACUUUCAUAUUCCAAGUGUUCAGAGGGUGGGGAUCUCCAGGAAGAUAAAUGUAUUUGUAAAAAGGACCUGAGUCCUUUUUGGUGAAGGGUUUUGAAGGGUUCUAGCAGUUUUAGUAGCAGUUUUGAUGGGUUCCAUUUUUGUUUUGGUUUUCAGUGCUAACUAGUACUACUGUCCAGUCUAGAUGAGCAAUAACAGCUGAUUGUGUCCCUGCCUCCCUCCCUCCCCAGCCCCGGAGCUGUUCCAGCCACACGAGGGAAUACACCCUGGCUACUCCUUCACUGUGGACUGGUGGUCACUGGGCGUCACUGCCUACGAGCUUCUGCGAGGACAGGUACAGAAACAAAGCCCAUCACAGCCCAUCCCCAGCCUGUAAAUAAUGUAUGCUAAAACCUACAAUACAUGCUCUUCCUGCUCCUAGAAUAGCAAUUUAAGUAAGAAAAGAAGAGACAGUGACAACACCUUUCUCUCCAAGCCUGCCCUUGAGAUGAUCCCUUAAUAUAACCAUGAAAAUACCCAUCUCAGCCAGCCUCACUGUUCAGAUGAAGGUGUAAUUACCCUAGCCUGGUCCUAGGUCUGUUUGUGCUGUUUACCAACAGACUUGUGACCGGCCUGUGGCUACCCUCAGGGCAUAUCUUUUUCACGGGGGGCCAGUUUGAUUUUAGUUUUUGUAAAAAAAAAAAAAAGAUAAAAUACAUUUAUGUAUGCACUCACUAACUGUAAGUCGCUCUGGAUAAGAGCGUCUGCUAAAUGACUAAAAAUGUAAAAUGUAAAAAUAUCUUUAGUUAGGAGAAGAAAAGACAGGGAGGGCAGGGGUAGGACUCCCACUAAGCCCCUGCUGGGUACCUAGUAUGACAGGGUCAAAUUGUACAGCAGCCCUCUGAGCCCCCUCUCCCUAGCCCUCUGAGCCCCCUCUCCCUAGCCCUCUGAGCCCCCUCUCCCCAGCCCUCUGAGCCCCCUCUCCCUAGCCCUCUGAGCCCCCUCUCCCUAGCCCUCUGAGCCCCCUCUCCUUAGCCCUCUGAGCUCCCUCUCCUCAGGCCCUGCAUGGCUUUUAGCCCCCUCUCCCCAGGCCCUAAGCCCCCUCACCCCAGGCCCUGCUGGAUUGGACUUUCAGUGGCAGCCAGCCCUGGCAUCCCUAAAGCACCACACAUCAAUCACUCUCACAGCCCCAGCCAUCAUCUAUCCCAAACACAGGAAAACUGUCUCUCCCCUGAGAGAGAGGUAACACAGCAUAAGACUGAUCUGGUCUAGUUUAAACCCAGAUAUAGACAUUUCUCUUCAGGCAGUUUGAGGGACUAUUGUGUGUAUCUCUGUGUGAGGACCCGCUCACACUGACGACCUCUGUGUGAUAAUAACGCUCUGUCCUGGUCCUUCAGAGGCCGUACAUCAUGCGCUCCAGCACACCGGCCAAUGAGAUCCUCCAGAUGUUCCACAAGGUCAACCCCAGCUACCCCAUGACCUGGUCUCUGGAGAUUAAGUCUAUGCUCAGAAAGGUACAGAAAGAUCUGCAUACUGUAUACUGUAGACACUUGGUUACCUUGUAUUUCAUCCCUAAAUUCCCUGAAUGAAUAAUAAAUAGUACAUUGUUUUUAUACUGUAUGCCAUGACAACUGUUGACCUUUGCGCCAUUACCUUGUUUACUUGAGCUAGAGUUGUAUUUGACCCCUACAGUCCUUGAAAGACUAAUAUAUUGGUAUUACAUGCUAGGAUGAUCGGUUUUGUAAGCCAUGUAUGCCAUCUCCUUUGUCAUCAUGAGGUUAUAACUGCAAGCCUAUAAGGCUAAGUGAUCAGAUUCUAGGUUGGUUAUUCUCCACUGCAGUCAAACUGUUGCCUAGCUCAGUGCUCAAGUAGCCUACCCCCACACCACUCAUCUACAUUCCUGUGGUGUGUGUGCUGUGUGUCUGAUCUGAUUUGCUUGCUUUAAACCUCAGCACCUUUCUUCUCCCCUCCUGCUCUUCCUCCUCUUUGCCUCCCCUCUUCUUUUUCCUCCUGUCCUCUCCUCGUCCUCUCUUCCUCCUUCUCCUCCUCUUCCUCUAGUUGCUGUGUAUUGACGAGCACCAGCGUGUGUCGUGCCUGGCUGAGCUGCAGGAUCUGGACCUGCUGUCUGAUGUCAACUGGGACGCCGUGCUCAACAAACAGCUGCCCCCCGGCUUCAUCCCCAAUGUGAGUCAGACCACAACAUUAUGUCAACGUUGCCACGACGUUGCCACAGCCCAAAAAGACAGGCGAGUCACAACGCCCCCUAGCUGGUCUGAAAAGGCCGUUACGGGUCAUUAGAGCUCAUGCCUCCCACACACACACACACACACACACAUACACACACACAGCCUCUGCAUAUCCUAAGGUGUUAGGAAGCAGGUGUGUGACAUGCAGGUAAACUUAUGCAUGCAAGGAAGUGGCGUCAUCAGUCAUCACGCGGUAGGUCGAGCUGUUCAAUUGGCACGGUAACACGCCCGAUCGGUUGGUGCCAGGGAGCGCAGCUUUGACUCCCCCGCUUCAAACCUGACAGCUCGUAGAGGAGUUGAAUGAUGAAUGGACACUGAUUCAAAGGGAAUACUAUCAUGUCAGUUUAAGUCAGCUGUAGACUAAUAUCAACAAUACUACAGGAUGUCGUUGGUUAACAAUCUAGCAGGAAAUUACAGUAUCUGAUUCUCUGUAAUGGUGUGUGAUUAUAGAGUGAACUCUCUGUGGUCACUACAGCAGGAGAGAUAGGGAAGGUCGAUGGAGUGAAUCGACAGCCUCUCUCUACACAAUAAAAGCUUCAUCCUGUAUUGUGCUCCUCCCUCAGCUCCUUACCAACAACAGUGGCUGGGUAUCCGCUAUGUUCUAUUUCGAAUCCCGGAUUGCCCCUUUAAAUCUUCAUUCUGUGUUGUGUUCCUCUGUUCCUCUUCCAGAGGCGGAGGCUCAACUGCGACCCCACCUUUGAGCUGGAGGAGAUGAUCCUGGAGUCGAAACCGCUGCACAAGAAGAAGAAAAGACUAGCCAGGAAGACCAGAGAGCAGGGCUCCGAUGGGUCGUCCCAGGUAAAGCCUCCCCUUAACAACAAACACCUGCCUCUCAAUGGUUCCACUUCCUUCCAGAGGUCACCAUCAGUCACUCACAAGGACCGUCUGUGUGUGUCUGUGUGCCCAUUUGGCUCGGCAGCAGGUGAUAAGUAGCAUUAAGUUUGUUCCUUAAAUAUGUCCCGAGUGACGUAAUGGAUGGAAGAAGCACAUUUCUUAUCUGAAUAAAUUAACGAUGUGGACUUUCCAUGCAUGAAGGAGAAGGAGAAUGUGAAGAAUGCAAUCACUCUCUCUCUCUUUCUUUUGUCUCUCCUUCACACUCUCUACAUCCACAUAAAUCAGCCAAGUCCUCUAGGUGUUUACGCAGACCGUCAGGAAAACACCCAAAGGUUAAUUUGAUCCCCCAGUAAGAGAGGCGAUGGUGAGGGAUAAAACACAGACACACGGAAAGAGCUGGAAAGAUUGGCAUCAGUGAUUUCAUUAAAUGUGCUUUUCCUGUGGUGGUGGGCAUUCAUCAAGCGUCGUCCUCCGUUUACGGGCAGCGAGUGCUGCUCUUUACUGGACUGGCUGCUGUGGCUGCUGCUGGGGGCCAUAUUAUUAAUGUUACCACUUGUUCAAAUCAAAUUGUAUUUGUCACAUUCGCUGAAUUGAAGUGUAGAGUUUACCGUGAAAUGCUUACAAACGAGCCCUUUCCCAACAAUGCAGUUAAAAAGUAAGAACCUUUACAAAUAGAUACAACUAAAAUAGUAACACAAUAAAAUAACAAUAACGAGGCAAUAUACAGGCUAUAUACCAGUACCAAGUCAGUGUACUGGGGUACGAGGUAGUUGGGUGUGAUUGAUUGGGGUAAUAUGUACAUGUAGGUUUGGUUAGGUGAUUGAUUGAAGUACUAUUUACAUGUAGGUAGGGGGUGAAAAGCAGAAAGUCUGGGUAACCAUUUAAUUAACUGUUCAGCAGUCUUAUGACAGACAGUCCCACAACCAGUCAGCACCCCCUCCUACUCCUAUCCCUCCCUUCUCCUCCCCUCCUCUUCUCUCCCCUCCCUCCUCAUAUAGCUUCUCUACUUUCUAUUUCUCAUUCAUUACAGCAGACUGCUUCUGUUUGCCAUCCCAUUGUGAGUGAGUGAGUUACAGCCUUUUAAAUGUUGUUCACCCAACACGAGGUGGUGCACGUGAUGGGAGGGACUUUAUCGGCUAAUCAGGAGCCAUCGACUAAAUGUCAAGAGCCAUUAUAAAGUAUAUCAGAUGUUUCUCAGUUUAGUUUCUCUCCAUUCUCAGCUACAUUAAAGAGGUAUUAUGUGACUCUAUUGGGUGGUAUGGGCACAAAUAUUGUUCAUCAGUAGCAAUAAUAAGUCAGAGCUGGCCCCAAAUUGAGUCUUGUUUUAUGGAAGCUGACAACUUUUGUUGGAACUCGCCCAAGUGGAGCUCUGUGAAUCUUGCAGUGCUUUAGAAAGACACAAUGCAGAUUGUUCUUCCCUGGGUUAAUGUAGAAGGUUUAUUCACACAAACUGAAUUUCUCCAUAGUAAUGAAGUAAGUAUAUUAACCCACUGGGCACACCACGUAAUUUCAAUGUGGUGAAUUGGGUCAUAUUUGGUAGAUACGUUGAUCAAUGAGAUUCCAACCUAUUUUCACCCACUCAAAAGACAGGCAAAAGUUUGUUGAAUUUCCAAUGUGUUCUCACUAUGCUUUCAACCAUCUAAACGCACAACAAAGUUCCAAUGGAAAAUCAAUGUCAGAUGUUUUGUUUAAUUGUCACCUAAAUGUGUUCUCACUGCGCUUUCAACCAUUUAAAAGCACACCAAAGUUCAAAUGGCAAUACAAUGUCAGAUAGUUUGUUUAUUUAUACAACAUUUUAAUUUGUUAUCACUGUGUUUCAUCUAAUAGCACAGCCAAAUGACCUCGAUUGCAGCUUGUUGAAAUUACAUUGACGUACCUGGUGCAAGUGAACAAUGUCGUUUGAGAUUCUGUGCAGAUUCUUUUAGCAAUUGUGAAGAUUUCCACAGACCUGCGACCCUGAACAAGCACACUUUCAUAAGAAUACAUUUAUUGUUACAGUAACCUCAAAAUGUGGCCAUGGAUGUGUUUCUCAUUUUGAAUAAAUACUGUUACAUUAGUUUGUAAGAUAUCCUUAACAUUAGGCUAUUUACUGUCUUACAAAAGUAAUCUUGAAUUUUGUUUGGUUGACAACGCAACCAAAUAUCAACAUUUAACUGAGAUAUAUCUACUGCUUAGAUAGUUCCAUCUGAGCCACCGGCUUAAUCCUAUUCUUUAACUUUUAUUUUUGGUUGAGAUGGAGACUUGAAUCCAACAUAUAAUUUGUUAACUUGUAUCGCAAAAGUGAUAUUGAAUUGUGUUUGGUUGUCAACGCAACCAAAUAUCAACAUUUGAAGGAGAUGUAUUUUCUGCUUGGAUAGUUCCAUCUGUUCCACUGAGUCUGGCUUUAAUUCCAGUUGGUCUACAAAUUAAUAAUUGAUAUGUUGGAUUCAAGUCUACAUUUCAACCAAAAAUCUAAGUUAAAGUAUAAGACUAAAUCAAAUCAAACUUUACAGUUUGAUUUGAUUGAAUCCUAUUCUUUAACUUUUAUGUUUUGUUGAGAUGGAGACGUGAGUCCAACAUAUUUAUUAUAACUUGUAGAUUCCAUUUUAAAUCAACCAAAGCUUGAAACCUGAGGCCUAUAUCCGCAGCUCCCCCGGGACUGUCGCGCAAAAUAAAGAUCAGCCCAUGCAGAGAAGUACGAGAUUGAACUUCACUCAACUUUCUAGAGUUUUCCCUGUUAGUUAACACUAUCAACGUUUCCCUUUACUGUGGUAAUUGUGAUCGAAUCAACGCAAUUUUAGCCACUUUCAAGGCAAUAUAAAUAACUAACUAUGCAAGACUUAGAAUGCAAAACUAACUAUGCAAGAGAUGUUGUUGUAGGCAGAACGCAUGGGAGUAGGAUUCUAUUGCAUUGACAGGCAUGUCCGUACUCUACACAGACUGGUGAGCCAUAACCAAUCAGAGCUGCAGUAGGCCUAUAAACAAAUAGUCCAUUGCCAAGGGAUAGCUGUAGAUAGAUCAACUCUCCUUUAGGAGGUGCUGCCUAGCAGAGGUGUCAUGUCAAUAGGGGGCACAGAGCAUGUGCCCCCUCAGAUUUUUGUUUGUUUUUGUUUCCCUGUAAUACAACUAGACACCUAGCAAUUUUAUGAAGUUUGCUUUAGCUAGCCCUGUGCCUCGUUUCUCAGUUGCGAUGUAACUUAAGCAUUACAACGAUCGUACCAGAUGCAUCAUUAUUUAUGAGCCAACUUUUUAAGUGUUUCACAAACAAGCACGUAGAGAGAACGUUCACUAAGUGCGACGUUAGACCAUGUGUCGAUACUGAUAGGAUCAAAAGAAAAGCAGCGCUGCUCUCAGACCAACUUUCUCAAUUAAAAUCUUACCUUAACAUUAGAAAUGUUCCACAAUACUGAUGACGGAUCAGCUUCUAGAGUGAUAUUACCACCUAUGGCUGCAAAUAGGAUAUUGAGGUGGCUUAUUAUGCUCACCAAAUAAUAAUGCACUAAAUCACAGAUUGGGAACAGCAUUGCGCAAAUGUUGUCACACAUCAUGAAACACAUUGAGGCAAAACUUACAGACAGUAGCCUAGUCACAAAAUAUAAUUCAAUAAAUUGAACAUUAAAUAGACUUAAAUAUGAUUGAAAUAGCCUAUGUAGGCCCAUGUAGCCUAUGUAUCACCUCGGUUUUCAUUUGAAGCAUCAUUCUAUCCUUCACUUGUUUGUAACAAUUGCAAAUACUUUGGCAAUUUUGUAUUUGUAGUCAACUUCGUUCUGAAGGUAUAAGCAGUCACAGUCAGAUAAAACCUAUUGAUUCUAUGUUUAGCCACCCCCCAGCCAUCCUCACUUACUUUGUGCCCCCUCAAAUUCUGGGGGUGCAUGACGCCCCUGCUGCCUAGCCUAUAUUCUUUUUCUUAUAGUGGAUAUUACGUUGAUGAUCUGAUGUUGUUUUAAAGGUAAAAAUGCAACAUAUUUUGUCUAUGGUGAAAAUUGGUUACCAUAAUGACAUAAUCCUGCAGUUGAAAUUGUAUCCUCAAAACAUGAUGACUUUUUAACCCUCCCGUUGUCCUAGGGUCAAAAUGACCCGCCACUGUGUUGAACCAAUUUUAUUUAAUUUUUAUAUUUUUGGGAUCAUUUGUGAGAAGGAGGCAGUGAGAAUUUAAAAUCCAAUGUAUUUUCCACAGAGAUUCCAUGUCACAAUACGUUGACAAAUUACGUUGGAUUUAACCAGUUUAUGCCCAGUGGGAACUGUCUCAGAAUACUGUUCAAUGUCUUGGAGAUAGGAACCUCAAAGCACUGGGCCUCCCAGUUCCAUUUUGUGAACCGUACUAAGAAUGCUCCAUACAUGUCUUCCAGCUGGAAGUGCACUUAACUACAUGUAUUUUUAAACAAAACCAGUGAGCCAAGCAUACAUUUUUUCCACAGCGAUCUAAAAUGGGAAAACAGCAUUGUGCGCAUGCUUGUGUUUGUUCGUGUAUGCAUGAGUGUGUGUUUACGUAGAGACCUCUGGGACCACUUGUGGAGAGGAAGGAGGACACACACUUCUCUUGCCUGUAGUGCAGAGAGAGAGAGAGAGAGAAAAAGGCAAGGAACGGGAGGGAGAGAGGGGAUGUGUGUUACGUGUACCCAUUUCUAAAGCAGUGCAGAUCAAUAUUCUAUGAAUGGCAGGCGGGGCACUGCCCUAAUAUCUGACCCAGUCUCCUGCUGGCUCAUUACCUCAGGCUUCCUCUCUCUCUCUCUCUCUCUCUCUCUCUCUCUCUCUCUCUCUCUCUCUCUCUCUCUCUCUCUCUCCCUUUCUCGCUCUCUCUCUGCUUCUCUUCUUCUUUCUCCCUGUCUCCUCCUUCCUCCCCUAUCUAUUUCUUUCUCCCCACAUUCUGUUCUCCUUUUUUGACUCCCCAACCCUCUCUCUCUCUCUUAUUUUCUCUCUUCUUCUCAGCCUCUUCAAUGCUCUCUAUCUCUCUCCUACCUCUCUCUCCUUCCUACCUCUCUCUCCUUCCCCUCUCUCUCCCUCUGCUGUUGAACCUACAAUGGGCAGUAGAAUUUGCUCAAUUAAAUCACAGAUAAUGCAGUGGGAAAUUGGACUUGUGUUGUCGUGAACAGCAUAAAUAGGCCCAUCCUUUCGAAUCAAAUUGUAUUGGUCGGCACACAUAUUUUGCAGAUGUUAUCGCAGGUGCAGCGAAAUGCUUGUGUUUCUAGCUCCAACAGUACAGUAAUACCUAACAAUACAAAACAAUACACACAAAUCCCCCCAACAUUAAAUAAAUUAAGAAAUCAGAAUCAGAACGAGCAAUGUCAGAGUCCCGAAUAUAAAUACAUAUACACUGAGUGUACAAAACAUUUCCAUGACAUAGACUGACCAGGUGAAUCCAGGUGAAAGCUACAGUAUGAUCCCAUAUUGAUGUCACCUGUUAAAUCUAUUUCAGUCAGUGUAGAUGAAGGGGAGGAGAUGGGUUAAAGAAUAAUUUUUAAGCCUUGAGACAAUUGAGACAUGGAUUGUGUAUGUGUGCCAUUCAGAGGGUGAAUGAGCAAGACAGGAGAUUUAAGUGCCUUUGAACGGGGUAUGGUAGUAGGUGCCAGUUUCCCGUGUGUAUCAAGAAUGGUCCACCACCCAAAGGACAUCCAGCCAACUUGACUCAACAUGGGCCAGCAUCUCUGUGGAACGCUUUUGACACCUUGUAGAGUCCAUGCCCCAAUGCAAAAGGAGGUGCAACUCAAACGAAUGUUUUGUACACUCAGUGUAUAUGUAUAUACAGUGAGGGAAAUAAGUAUUUGAUCCCCUGCUGAUUUUGUAUGUUUGCCCACUGACAAAGAAAUGAUCAGUCUAUAAUUUUAAUGGUAGGUUUAUUUGAACAGUGAGAGACAGAAUAACAACAAAAAAUCCAGAAAAACGCAUGUCAUAAAUGUUAUAAAUUGAUUUGCAUUUUAAUGAGGGAAAUAAGUAUUUGACCCCUCUGCAAAACAUGACUUAGUACUUGGUGGCAAAACCCUUGUUGGCAAUCACAGAGGUCAGACGUUUCUUGUAGUUGGCCACCAGGUUUGCACACAUCUCAGGAGGGAUUUUGUCCCACUCCUCUUUGCAGAUCUUCUCCAAGUCAUCUCACCCAAGAUUUGACGGUACAUGGCCCUGUCCAUCGUCCCUUUGAUGCAGUGAAGUUGUCCUGUCCCCUUAGCAGAAAAACACCCCCAAAGCAUAAUGUUUCCACCUCCAUGUUUGACUGUGGGGAUGGUGUUCUUGGGGUCAUAGGCAGCAUUCCUCCUCCUCCAAACAUGGCGAGUUGAGUUGAUGCCAAAGAGCUCCAAUUUGGUCUCAUCUGACCACAACACUUUUACCCAGUUCUCCUCUGAAUCAUUCAGACGUUCAUUGGCAAACUUCAGACGGCCCUGUAUAUGUGCUUUCUUGAGCAGCGGGACCUUGCGGGCGCUGCAGGAUUUCAGUCCUUCACGGCGUAGUGUGUUACCAAUUGUUUUCUUGGUGACUAUGGUCCCAGCUGCCUUGAGAUCAUUGACAAGAUCCUCCCGUGUAGUUCUGGGCUGAUUCCUCACCGUUCUCAUGAUCAUUGCAACUCCACGAGGUGAGAUCUUGCAUGGAGCCCCAGGCCGAGGGAGAUUGACAGUACAUUUGUGUUUCUUCCAUUUGCGAAUAAUCGCACCAACUGUUGUCACCUUCUCACCAAGCUGCUUGGCGAUGGUCUUGUAGCCCAUUCCAGCCUUGUGUAGGUCUACAAUCUUGUCCCUGCCAUCCUUGGAGAGCUCUUUGGUCUUGGCCAUGGUGGAGAGUUUGGAAUCUGAUUGAUUGAUUGCUUCUGUGGACAGGUGUCUUUUAUACAGGUAACAAGCUGAGAUUAGGAGCACUCCCUUUAAGAGUGUGCUCCUAAUCUCAGCUCGUUACCUGUAUAAAAGACACCUGGGAGCCAGAAAUCUUUCUGAUUGAGAGGGGGUCAAAUACUUAUUUCCCUCAUUAAAAUGUAAAUCAAUUUAUAACAUUUUUGACAUACGGUUUUCUGGAUGUUUUUGUUGUUAUUCUGUCUCUCACUGUUCAAAGAAACCUACCAUUAAAAUUAUAGACUGAUAAUUUCUUUGUCAGUAGGCAAACGUACAAAAUCAGCAGGGGAUCAAAUAAUUUUUUCCCUCAGUGUAAUGGUGUGUAUAGUGUAGAAAAGGUGUGUACAGCAGUAGUUAUAUAGGAUGAGCCUUAACUGAAUACAGUAUAUACAUAUAAGGUGGGUUAAACAGUAUGUAAACAUAAUUAAAGUGACCAGUGUUCAAUGACUAUGUACAUAGGGAAGCAGUUUCUAUGGUGCAGGCUAGAGUACCGGGUGGUAGCCAGCUAGUAACAAUGGCUAAGUUCAGGGCAGGGUACUGGGCGGAGGCUGGCUAGUGGUGACUAUUUAACAGUCUUAUGGCCUGGAGAUAGAAGCUGUUUUUCAGUCUCUCAGGCUCAGCUUUGAUAUAUGCACCUGUACUGUCUCUGCCUUCUAGAUGGUAGCGGGGUGAACAGGCCGUGGCUCAGGUCCUUGAUGAUCUUCUUGGCCUUCCUGUGACACCGGGUGCUAUGGAUGUCCUGGAGGGCAGGCAGUGUGCCCCCGGUGAUGGGUUGGGCUGACCACACCACCCUCUGGAGAGCCCUGUGGUUGAGGAUGGUGCAAUUGCUGUACCAGGCGGUGAUACAGCCCGACAGGAUGCUCUCAGUGGUGCAUCUGUAUAAGUUUGUGAGGGUCAGGGGCCAAGCCGAUUUUUCUUCAGCCUCCUGAGGUUGAAGAGGCACUGUUGCGCCUUCUUCACAACACUGUUUGUGUGGAUGGACUAUUUCAGGUUGUCAGUGAUGUGCACGUCUAGGAACUUGAAGCUUUUCACCCUCUCCACUGUGGAUGGGGGCAUGCUCUCUCCGCUGUCUCCUCUAGUCCACAAUCAGCUGCUUCAUUUUGUUGACGUUGAGGGAGAGGUUAUUUUCCUGGCACAACUCCGCCAGGGCCCUCGCCUCCUCCCUGUAGGCUGUCUCGUCGUUGUUGGUAAUCAGGCCUACCACUGUUGUGUCGUCAGCAAACUUGAUGAUUGAGUUGUAGACGUGUGUGGCCACGCAAUCAUGGGUGAACAGGGAGUACAGGAGGGGACUGAGCACGCACCGUUGUGGGGCCCCUGUGAUGAGGAUCAGCGAAGUGGAGGUGUUGUUACCUACCUUCACCACUUGGGGUUGGCCCGUCAGGAAGUCCAGGACCCAGUUGCACAGGGCGGGGUUCAGACCCAGGGCCCUGAGCUUAGUGAUGAGCUUGGAGGGCACUAUGGUUUUGAAGGCUGAGCAGCAGUCGAUGAACAGCAUUCUUACAUAGGUAUUCCUCUUGUCCAGAUGGGAUAGGGCAGUGUGUAGUGCGCUGGCGAUUGCGUCAUCCGAGGAUCUAUUGGGGCAGUAUGCAAAUCCCAUCCUCCAUCCUCCAUUCACCUGACUCACUUCUAUGACUAAGAUGGAGGCGGAAUCCGAAAUGGUCAGAACCCACGGUAUGGUGGUCGGAUAGUUAUUAUACACAAUGAUGUUACCGAAUUGUCGUCUUGAGGCUAUAUCUGUACAAUUGAAAUAGACAAUGACGUAAACUGUAUCUUUACCAGCUUGGCAAACAGCUAACAGAAAGCUCCCUCUAGGUUCAUUUUGUAAAAUGAAAUGUUUAAUCAAAAAGCUGGGCAUAAUUAACUUCUGAACUUCCACCGCGCUGCUCUGCCUGGCCACCUUAUCGGCUCCUCAGGGGGUCCUCGUUCUACAGAUGGAGAGCUCAUCCCAUACCACCCCUGUCUGUCUGUCUGUCUGUCUGUCUGUCUGGGCUCUAUUUUUGGCUGGCGCUACGGCGGUGCAAGAUUUCAACCGCAUGUUAGUUGGAAUUUUCAGCAUGUAAAAACUGGUGCUCUGGCAUUUUCCACCCAAUGCGCCAGGUUCAGCAAUUUACCUGUCUAAUAUCAGCACUAGGGUUGCAAAGCUACAGGUAAUUUACGAAAGUUACCGGAAUCUUUAGUAAUUUUGGUAAUAAACAGAAAAUCUAUGACAAUCUAUCGUAACUUUGGUAAUUUAUACUUAAAUAACUUUAAAAACAUGUAUUCAUAUAUAGUAUUAAUUUAUGUGUGUCCAUAUUGUCCAUGAGUUUCUAGUAGAUAGACCAUAUGGUUCAAGAGAAAAUAUUUGAGUUGUCUUUGAAAACAAGUGCAAAAAUGUCAAUUUCUUGCCGUGCGUAUCCGGAAAUGUAAGACCAAUGAAAAGCAGGUCUUAGCAGUAACGGCGUUGGUAAUGGAAUUGAUUUUGUGAGCGGAAGCGCGACCUAUCCAGCGUUUAUGCUCAUGGAACAAGAGAGGAAGUGUUAUUUUUGUGCCAGUAACCCUCGUAUUAAUAAACAUAAAAAACAGAUGUUUUUUUCUAUUUAGUUUCAUUUGUCCUGCCCGAUGCGUUCCCCAAGUAUCCAAGCCUAUCAAUAAAGGGUUUGGCUUGUGAGACUUCUUUGACUAAAUCUGAAUCACCAAAGCUUUAUUAAAAGAUCAAGUUUGGCAGCAGCAAGGGACAUCCCCUUUUUAUCUAGCCUACAUGUAUUGUAGGCCUACAUUAUUUUAGCCAACUCCUGUUUUGGACGUGCGUAAAACCCCCUCCAUGUAGGCUGCAUGUAUCCAUAUGCCCAUCAUGAAACGAGAGAUGAGAUGAUGCUGGUGACCCUCCUAUUUAGAACUUAUUUUCAUGUACAAUUGCUUGUUUUCUGUUUCAUAUAAUUAAAAGCCAAGCCCUCCAUAAACUACCCUUACCACCUAGGCCUCUGUCUCUGUCUCUGUCUCUGUCUCUGUCUCUGUCUCUGUCUCUGUCUCUGUCUCUGUCUCUGUCUCUGUCUCUGUCUCUCUCUCUCUCUCUCUGUAUCUCUCUCUCUCUCUCUCUCUGUAUCUCUCUCUCUCUCUCUCUCUCUCUCUCUCUCUCUCUCUCUCUCUCUCUCUCUCUCUCUCUCUCUCGCUCGCUCGCUCUCCUUCCGUGCUCUACUUCUCUUGUCUGCCAGGGUCUGGUGCCCCGCUGUGAGAGCACCUGUACUAGCGCUCCAGGCUGAUUGGCAGGCCUGUACAGGGGGACAACAAACGUAUAGUUGGGAGGCCUCUGAGGCCCAAUCUGGCCCCAUCAGUCUGCCUAACACUAACCCACCGCCCAGAGAGGGCGAGAACACACCUGUCAUAACACUAUAUAGCUGCCAGGACAGGUCGUCAUGGAGAUGUUUUUGUUCUCACAUGAUUAACAUAUCUCAGUGUGUGACACUGUGUCAGUGUAGGGCAAGUGGGGCUCUGAGAGAGGUAAUGUAUUUCCUUUAAAGUUUGCAAAACUUAAUCCAUCUAUCUACUUCUUCUUCAUUUCUUCUUGUCUGAGUCCCAACAACCAUUAUCUGGGUCACAUAACUAUAGGAUCUUUAAUGUCUUAAAAAGAUUACUGUGUGUGUGUGUGUGUGUGUGUGUGUGUGUGUGUGUGUGUGUGUGUGUGUGUGUGUGUGUGUGUGUGUGUGUGUGUUCUCAAACCUCUUUUGAUUCCCUAGAACGGUCAGCUCCAGCAGCGCCUGAACAAUGUGGAGAGGGACUUCAUCAUCUUCAACAGAGAAAGGUAGGAGACUCAGUAUAUGUCCUAACAGAGACUCAGUAUAUGUCCUAACAGAGACUCAGUAUAUGUCCUAACAGAGACUCAGUAUAUGUCCUAACAGAGACUCAGUAUACGUCCUAACAGAGACUCAGUAUAUGUCCUAACAGAGACUCAGUAUAUGUCCUAACAGAGACUCAGUAUAUGUCCUAACAGAGACUCAGUAUAUGUCCUAACAGAGACUCAGUAUAUGUCCUAACAGAGACUCAGUAUAUGUCCUAACAGAGACUCAGUAUAUGUCCUAACAGAGACUCAGUAUAUGUCCUAACAGAGACUCAUUAUAUGUCCUAACAGAGACUCAGUAUAUGUCCUAACAGAGACUCAGUAUAUGUCCUAACAGAGAUACAGUAAAUAGUCCGGUGGACCACAUUAACACCAAAAUGUGGCACCUGCUGUCAUCCUGAUUUUUGUCUAAAAUCGCCCAGAUUUGAUGUCCAGUUUCAAUGUAAGUUGCCAGAGAACUGUUACAUCCAUCCAAUAAAGCUCAGCUGAGCAGUUAGGCAUAUUUUAAAUGGCGUAAGGCAAAAGUAUUGGGCCACAGGCAAGAUUACAUAUUUACAGCAAAGGUUGUAAUAAUGAAUCUUGAAUGUGUCCCCUAAUACUGAGUAACAUAUCAUGAAAGAAUCUCAUGAAAAAAAGUAUUUAUUUACAUGUCAUAUUACCAGAAAGCAAGAAAUCAAGCUUUUGUACUUCAACUGAUAGGUCAAAGAAGACUGUAGCAGACACAGAAGUAGCAGACCUCACCACGACAGAGAAGAACAAGGCUAUGGAAGACGGACAGAACAAUAACGUGGACCCGGUAGCCUACAUAUCAGGAUAGCGGACUACGGCUUGAGCCGGAAGUCGCCACGCUAACCUGGCCACAGCUUGUAGAUCACCACUACCCAAUCGUCCACUUCCCCUCUCCCCCGGCUGGCGCAGACACUCAGAUCGAUUUUUAACCCUGACACAUUCCCCCAACAGCCAGCUAUUAUACCCAGACCCCAGACUUCAGGAGCUCACAUAUACUACUAUUUUACAGAGUGAGAGGCAACUGACCUAGACAGACAGACAGACCCUGGCUCUUUCCACUUUUCCUAUGACAGGGACAAGCUUCUCAGUGGGCAGCCCUCCUCACACUCUGCCCUGACCUGCCCUGGCCUGAUGCACCAUAGUCCCCCGGAGCUCCCCUCCCUCCACCAAGUCAGCCAGGCCCAGGAAAUUACUUCCCUGCAAACCCAGCAGAGAGCAGAGCCAGACAGGAUACAGCCACCAUGCAUGUUAUGCCGAGGCUCAGGCCAGGCAGGAAAUUAA